AUGUCUACUCCAAACAUUGCUCAAGACCUCUUUGACUUUGGUGACGAGUUCGCCCACGUCACCGAGCCUACCCUGCUCUCUCCCCACUUGAUCCCCACCGGUAUCAUGGCGGCUAAAGAUCCUAUGGGAGCAGUGCCUUCGGGCACUAUCUCUCCCAAGGAUCUGAUGAUGGACGCUUCGGCUCCUCCAUCUACCUCUUUCACCGAACUCAGCACCCCCUCGUUCGAGUCGCCCGGAUAUUUUAGCCAAGAUACCUCUCCCAUGUUCGGUACCGAUAUGGAUCUCGCCCCUGGCCAUGAGGAGUGGGAUUCUCUCUUCCCCCCCCACGAUGGCCUGUCAAUGCCUUUUGACCCUGCCGCUCUGGAGAUCGCAGCCUCCAUUACUCAAUCGGAGAUUGAUACUGCCGACGCUUCUCCCUCUGCGUCUCCCAACGUCUCCCGCGGCAGUGCCAAGCCCUCCACCGUCGCUGGUGUGAACGCCCGCCACCGGAGGCCUCUGCCUCCCAUCAAGUUCGAUUCCCUCGACCCCGUCGCUGCCAAGCGUGCCAGAAAUACCGAGGCUGCUCGUAAGUCUCGUGCUCGCAAGCUUGAACGCCAGGGAGAGAUGGAGCGUCGUAUUGCCGAGCUUGAGAAGGCGCUGGAGGAGUCGGAGCAGCGAGAAGAGUAUUGGAAGUCGUUGGCCCAGAGCAGGGCUGCUAAUGUCUAA